ACCUUGGCUGGAAUAAGCACACUCUAUACUGACAACUCGUAACCUUUUAGAAACUCAGAAAAUCGAAAAUGUCCAAAACUUCGAGGAUUUCUACAACUGAAAAUCUGCGCCGAACCACGACGCAAGUGGUAAAGAAGGCGGUCACUCGCAGUCGCUCCUACGAUGGGGAUGCCUUCGUCAACCUCUUCGCCCAUCGCGGAGCCCGGGACAUCAUGAUCCUGGACAGUCACGGAGUGCCGCUGCGAUCCACUUGCAGCCAGAGACGCACCUUUCUGUUCGUCUCCAACCUGAAGCCACUGCUCUUCAUGGCCCGCAACGUGGUCAGGGAUCUGGACCCCUCGAACGACAUAACGUUCAUGCGCAUCCGCUCCAACAUGGGCGAGAUCCACAUGACCCUGGGCUCGGACUUCAUUUUGAUCAUCGUGCAGAAGCUGAGAAGGUUCAGGAGCAGCUCCAUGCCAUAAAACAUUUCCGGUCGCUGUGCGUGUGCGUGUGCGAAGUUCAUUGAUCUGUAUACAUACAUAUUUCCACCUGAAUUAAAUUGCUUGCAAUUGCGGCAA